AUGGACAAAUUCCGGAUGAUCUUCCAGUUCCUCCAGUCCAACCAGGAGUCGUUCAUGAACGGCAUCUGUGGGAUCAUGGCCCUCGCCAGCGCCCAGAUGUAUUCAGCCUUUGACUUCAACUGCCCCUGCCUGCCACGGUACAACCUGGCCUACGGGCUGGGUGUCCUCCUGGUGCCCCCCCUCAUCCUGUUCCUGCUGGGCUUCGUGAUGAACAACAACGUGUCCAUGCUGGCGGAGGAGUGGACGCGACCGCGGGGCCGGAGGGGGAAGGACCCGGCCGUCCUGCGCUACAUGUUCUGCUCCAUGGCGCAGCGGGCCCUCAUCGCCCCGGUGGUCUGGGUCUCGGUGACGCUGCUGGACGGCAAGUGCGUCCUGUGCGCCUUCUGCACCGCGCUCCCCUGCCGGGAGCUCUACGACGGGCAGGAGCUCAUCGCCAGCGAAGUGGCGGUCAGGUACCUGCGCUGCGUCUCACAGGCGCUGGGCUGGUGCUUCGUGCUGCUGGUGACGCUGCUGGCUUUCCUGGUCAGAUCGCUGCGGCCCUGCUUCACCCAGGCGGCCUUCCUGAAGAGCAAGUACUGGUCCCACUACGCCGACAUCGAGCGCCGGCUGUUCGACGAG